AUGGACAAGAAUUAUGAGAACAGCUGCAUGUACCUGAAGCAGUGGAGCUGGAACUUGAAUAAGUAUGGCCGCAGCCGAGUAGCAGUUACGAGAGCCACCCUCAGAAGACUUGGAGGAAGCAACCCUACGGUCAGUCGGCGUAACCCUCUACUCCCUCUGGCAUGCCAGUUCUCCCAGAAUCCUACGCUGACCUCAUGUAAUGGCCGUAGCACUGGCCCCUGGGAGAUGUUGGAGGCAGAUGACAAGACAAGCAGGUGCAGCCAACAGAACUGUGUGGCCCAGGGGAAGAAAACUGGAAAGUCAGAAACUAAAUUCCCCCAAGUCAGGAAGCCAACCAUGCCCAGGCUGCUGUGCACCUCCCUGCUCCUGCUGGCCGCCCUGGCCCUCGCUCUGGCUGUAAGCUCCACAUCGAACAGCAAGUCUAAGGAUAAGCAUGCAGCAGUCGGCAUGCCAGAGCCUGCAGACCUCAAAAGCAAGGAGACUCAGCAAGCCCUGGACUUUGCUGUCAAUGCUUACAACGAUGUCAACAACGACCUGUACCUCAGCCGACCAGUACAUGUGAUGAGUGCCAGCCAGCAGGUUGUGGGCGGGAAGAACUUCUAUUUCAAAGUGGUGCUGGCGCGAACCCUCUGUGCCAAGUCCCAGUCCCAGACUGACUUGGCCAAGUGUCCCCUCAACGAACAACCAGGCCAGCAGAAGAAAGUAGUUUGCAAUUUCCAGAUCUACACUGUGCCCUGGCUGAACAAGACUUCCAUGGAAAAUUUCAGCUGCCAUAAUGCCUGAGAGCCUAUGC